UCCCUACCUAUUUCCCCAAAUUUCCCAAACGCAUAACCUUACCUAGCACUUCUCUUCUGGACGCGUCUUCAUCUUAAUCACGUUUGCCCGAAUUUCCCAAACGCAGAACCUCACGUCAUCUCUUCUUCACGCAUCUUCAUCUUUCAAUUGAUCUUCUUGGCUUCCUUCAUUCAUCCAAUCUGCAGAUAUUAUGUUAGGUUCACUAAAAUGUAAUCCAACCUGUUAAAACUUGAAUGGAUUCCUAAAACCCAACCCAAAUUGCCCAGGUGGCUUGUUUUUCGUUUUUUGUUUAUCCUUUUUUUUUUCGCACUUCUAUAAUAUCUGCAGAUAAAUCAAAGCAGCUCACGCCUGAAACAUUUGCUUGACUCUAAGCCUCUCUUGUUGUCAAAUCUAAGGACUACAAAGAUGAAUGAUGAUGUUCUAGAUAUUGAUGUUAGUCCUGAUGCUAAGUAUAUUGCUACUGCACUUUUGGACUGCACAGUGAAGAAGGACAUCAUCCUGAUGUUUGGUGUCUUGCGAUCAGCAGCCGUGCUGAUUUUAUUGUCACAGGAUCUCAUGACCGAUCUAUACGUCGUUGGGAUCGUACAGAAGAGCCAUUUUUCAUUGAGUGGAGUCCUGAAAAUGCAGGAAGAGAAAGAAAAGAGGCUGGAGGAAAUGUUUGAGUCCGACCUUGACAAUGCAAUAGAAAACAGGUAUGCACCCAAGGAAGAACUCCCAGAAGAGGGAGCAGUGGCCUUAGCUGGGAAGAAAACUCAAGAAACCCUUACAGCAACUGAUUUGAUUAUUGAAGCUCUAGACGUAGUAGAAGAAGAAUUGGAUCGUAUUGCUCAACAUGAGGAAGAGAAAACCAGGGGAAAUGUUGCUGAGUUUCAACCAGAUAUAAGAAUGCUUGGGCUCUCUCCCUCAGAUUAUGUUCUCCGUACACUCUCAAAUGUUAACACUAAUGAUCUGGAGCAGACCUUGCUGGCGUUACCAUUUGCAGAUGCUCUGAAGCUUCUGUCAUACUUGAAGGAUUGGGCUUCCAAUCCUGAUAAGGAAAAAAUGAUAAGAGCUGUGAGAAGAAACACAAGUAGGGGAAAGUGAAAAAACAGAAGCUGAAAUAUGUGAGGAAGUUCUGGAUAAAGCUUCCGGAUUUAACCAAAAUUUUGCACUUUCAUAGACUGAGCAUCAUUCCACUUCAGUAGAAGUAGAGUUAAGGUGCAUUGUGCAACAGCAAGAAAAUAAGAUUAAAUAGUUGGAGGAGCAGCUCAUCUUAUUUGAUCAACAAAAAGAGAAAAUAAAAAGCCUUGAACAACAACAAUUUGUCCUGUUAGAAAUGAUGAAGCAGCUAACUAUAGCCCUUGAACCAGAGAAAUCUGAUAAAGCUCCAACUCGACAGCCUUUGCCAUCUCCAACUGAUGAAGACUCGUUCUCAUCAGCUACAGCUAUUUCAAAAACCGCAACUGGUGACACUUGACAUGCUAACAGUAUUGAUGGUUAGUUUUUUAUUGUAUGGGCAGUAGAUAUUUUGACAUAGGGGUAGAACCAUCUUUUUAGGAUUUUUUGCAUAUAUCUGUUAAAUGGUGUACAUAGGGUGGGCAUUUUUUUGUUAGUUAUGCACAGAUAGAUAACUAGUGGGGAAAAUGUGGGUGCAUGCUUUUUUUUUUUUUGGUUAUGCACAUG